CUAGCUUGUUGAUCUAUGUGCCACUUAUUGGUUCUGUAGUUUAAUACUGCAGUACUUGGUUGAUAUUUUCUAGAUCAUGCCAGUUUUUGUUUGAGGGCGGCUUUUACGUAAAUUGUGUUCAUGAUGUUCAUUUAGUCUGCGACAAUCGCAUCUUCAAUGUUGCAGCUGAGUGCAGAAUAGUCUUCAAGCCAUUGCUUACAACACCGAAGUUCAUCUGCACGCAUCACCGCUUCCAGCUUAGGACUGCAAGAAAAUGAGCAGCUAGUGGUGACCAAAGCAUGUGGAUGGUGUCUUAGGCAUAACGCAGCUGACAGUGCAGACUGUGUGCACUAUGCCUUUGGAGAGAGCAGCAGCACGACAUCAUCGGCCCCAUCACUGGCGCCUCAAGGAGCGCGAGCGGAACUUAUUGGCAGCUGUUCUCAGCAUUGUUGUCAUUGCUACACUUUCCACAGCUUUAGUGCACCCACGCUGGUUUUAUCUGCAGGGUGGUGGCUGUGGCCAUAAGUAUCUGGGGGUGCAGAAUUUCUUCUAUGUUGGCUACUUUGAGGAAUUCCCCCGGCACUUCGUCAACGGACCGUCACGAUUGCCUUCAUAUGUCUAUUAUGGGUGGAACGAAGUAAUGAAGGACUGUGUCACACCAGCUAUCGUCAGCCUUCAGAGAGUGCUCAUAGUUUUGUGUUUUCUGGCCAUCGUGAGCAGUUUGCUGCAGUUUUUUAUGGAUGCCCUGGGUGUCACAUACAAGUGGUUGAGAGCCAUUCGAAGAAACGCUUUCUGCAGCAUUGUGACAGUGGGCCUCUGUCUUGGAAUUGUUGGCACGUGCUACUACAUCUCAACAUUGAUGGAGGUGCAGCAAGAAAUGACUAAACCAAGCAGGAGCUCACGUGUGGAGGUCAGCUUCAGUGUUAGUUACCAUCUUGUGGCAGCAGCUGGAGCUGCAGCCGUUUUGGCUGCUGGUGCGAACCUCUUGGCUCGUCCUGUGCCAGUGACACGGCUGGGUGAUUCAGCCAUUGACAGCCUGCUCCUGGACGAUGAUUUCUCACGAGAGACCUUUGUAGUAGGCAUCUCACAUUCAGAAAUGUGGCCUUAUCGACAGGACUUGACUCACUUGCACAACUUGCCUCCAUUGCCACCAUACUCACCAUGAGGCAAGCAACUAGGGCAUCUGCCACUUCACCAAAUGAAACACUCCAGUCUGGUCACGAGGAGACUAAUGUUUGUUUUAGAAGCUGGUUCCCAGUGUAAAUGUGUGACAGCUACAGUUGUCAUUCUCCGCUAUUGAACCUGUGCAACACCUUGUGUCUGCAGCUAAAUGCCAGACGCCCAUUGUAUUGCAGCAAUUUUAAGGAUGUGAAAGGACAUCUUGAGAAACUGGUGGGUGAUUACUGUUUUCAUUUUAAAGCUUUAAUCGCAGUCUUCGAUGUUAUUUUAAUAUGUGCUGCUGUUAGUAUGUUGUUUCAAUAUGGAGUGCACAAAUUAUGUGCAAGGUUGUGACACAAAUCUGUGUUGCUUCUUGCAAAGUUUAUUAUGCACAUUUGCUAUCCUUUGAGCAGUGCCUGUUGCUACUAGGUUAAAUAGCACUUUAGAUGCUAAGCAAUUUAAUAUAUACAUGGCGUUGGAAUAUUAAUGCAAUACUAUGCAUGAUACCAGUUGUAGCAAUCUGUGUUGAAUGUUCAAGCUAUUGCUUCUGAAUGUUCACGAGAAAGGGAAAAAAAAAAACAGCCAUAAAACCCUUCUUUAUCCUUGCAAUUUGUAGCAGAUAAAUAUGUAAUACUGUACACUAUACAGGGUGCAAAAAACAUUCCUGCGCACACAUAAACAUCCAUAAAAGCAAGUAAGACGCAUGGUAGCAGAAUCACUUUUAUUAACAUGCUUACUUAACGCACCUUGUUUUUCAAACAGCCUUCCUUUUGCAUAAAUACAAGCUUUUAUCACUUGGGGAAGCAUCAGUGGCAGCAAGGAUGUAGCCUUCACCUAAUUCAUGUCAAAAAGGCCUAUGGGCAGUAGAGCAGGCAUUGCUUUUUAGAAUAGUCUACAUUGAAAAGUUGAGUGGAUUUAAAGGCGAGUUGUUAGCAGGCUAUCCUGCAGCUGAGAUGAAAUUCAGAAAGUUGAUAGCACUACUUCAUCGCACAUCGCCCUUUUUGGUUUGCGAGCAGGCACUGCAUCCUCCUCAUACUUGCACAAAUAUUUAUUGAAGUAAUGUUCGAAGCAAUGGGACGCCUCCUUCUUCAAAAUACCUUCCCAGAUAUUUUUGGCUAUUGAUCUUCACUCCCUGUUGGAGAAAAACUAGAGGUGUCUUUCCAUCACUGGUUGAGGGUGAGCAUCUCUGCAAAUUAUUGUUUCUAUAUUGGUGGUUUCCUUGAGGCUAACUGCCUAUGUUUUAUCAUUUUGGAGGCUUACAAACCACUAAAUGUGAAGAGAGACAUGUUAAGGUAAGGGGAAUACUGCAGUGGCAUGCUGUGCUACCUAAGUGCUUGAGCAGAUCCUUGCACAGUCUGGCUCCCGUCUUUUUCAUGUGCUCAGUGACACCAUGAUCCUUCUUAAGCUUGUAAGUGCACCUGGCCUUUUUUUUUUUUUUUUUUUACAAUUAUUUUGACUGAUAGAAGUUCUACUUUUCUGUAGCUUGUAUAUUUAUUUGAAAAUUUAUAUCCUAGAUAUGUAUCAUGUCAAGCUACAUUAGUAAAUUGCAAUUCUGCCAUAUUGCAACAUAAUUCAUACAAUAUUAUUAAAUAUACAGGUUCACAUGGUAAUUGGGUAAAUUGCAAAUAUGUCGCUAAUCUCAAAAACAGGGAUUCGUUAAGCUCGAACAUAAAGUGAAAACAAAACUGGCAGCAACACCACCUUCAUAUUCUUGAACAAACUCCCUGCAAUGUCGCAGCUUUUGGCAUUGGCUGGCUAAGGUUAGUAAAUUGUCGACUGUGAUAUGUGAAUUGUGUCAUGUGUGACAAUUUAAAAUUUCUACCUGGCAUCUUUUGUCAUGUCUGCACAACAACAAAAAAAAGCAAAAGUAAGUACAGUGUAGAAAAUUUUGAUAGUGCUACAGAAGGUUGUGAAAGUUUCAUGUUUAGUCAGCGUGGUAGUGGAGAAAGUUUACUUCUGGCAAACCUCUUGUUCUUAAAGAACGGGGUCUUGCAUCCUGUUUGUCAUGAAUGAUUAGAUGAAGUGUCACCAAGCAUCCCGGAUGAGAACUUCAUCAUUGAAGUUCUUUGAUGAGAACUUUGUUCAUGCUGUCAGUCAGCAUGAACAAAUUUCAUUGUUACAAGGAAUGGAACACUACACAGAAAUAUGUGCAGUAAGUAGCAGCCUUUUGAAAAGUCUGUAGAACUCUAGAAACUGUGAAAUUUUGGCUGGCAUGGCAGUUGUCACUCCAGUUAUGGUUAAUACUUGGGAUUCUGAAAUGUGGCUCUCAGUUUCAACUUUCAUUGCUGAUAUGAUUUUUGCCAAGUUAAUGCUGAGAGAUUUCUGAAAGGUCAGAGUAUAAUUUAGUCUGGUUUAAUGUUUGUUUUGAGUGUCUUGUUAAAAACAGUUGUAUGUACAAACAGCUCUUGUCCAAUGGACAAUGCAUAGCCUUGCACAAUGACACAUUUCUGGCAUGUGUGUGAUACAAUGGCUUUUUUUUUUUUUCUAGUUGUGUUGUGCUGCUUGAAAUUGUGAGGUACAGUUGAACUUGGAUAUAUCAAAUCCACAUAUAACGAAUUAUUGUGUAUAACAAACAAUGGCAAAAUCCCCUUGAAAAUGUUUGUAUAAAUGUUUUACUUUACAUAUUGAAUUACCUAUAUAUUGAAAAUUUUUGUGAUCACCUUCAGAUUGGAUAUAUCUGGGUUCGACUGUGUUACAUGGGGCAUACUUGGGUAUUGUCUUCAGCACUUGUGGCAUGUUGCACGUCUUGCCAUAGCAAUACCUAACAAUAUGCUGUUCCAUUGUGGAUGCACUAGCAAGUGUCGUGAUGAAAUGUGCAUGGAGACGUUGUGCUCAUUUUCACCACAAAGGAACCAGUGGUUUGCCCAAAGGAAUGUUUCAGUAAUUUUCAUGUAACUAUGCAAGAGUGUGUGUAUCAUAGUUUUAUCUAUUUCUGUUAAUUAGAGUGUGCUUUUUGUGAGAUAUUGUGUGUUUCGAGCCUCAACAAAUAUCUGCAAGUAUGGUGUUCUUGAAAUGGCUGUAUGAUCAAGACAUAUUUAAUUAUUGUAAUACAUUUAAAGAAGAAACUAUCCUUAGGAUUGAUAUAUGUGUAACACCACUAGUCUGUGCACUGAGUUUGUUGUGAACAAGAUAAUUAUUAUGGUGCUUUUGUUUCUCAUUCAUCUAAGAAGUAAGCAGUUGUGUGGACUGACAACUGUCAGUUUCUGACUGGCCCACAUGUUUGCAUUGUUACUUGCUUUUAGUUUGAAUAGAAAGCUCAAAAACAUUUUUUUCUUUAUUCGUACUUGUUGCAUAUUGCUUUUUAAAAAUCCAGUGAUUGCACAACUUGCCCAGCCACCCUAACUUGGCUAUGCAGUGCACACAAGCUACACAUGCAGGAUGUCCCAGCUAACUUUAUCCAAUGCUUUAAAAAUAUGCCAUGUUGAUGCAUGUUGAUGGGCACUUAUGGACUAAGUCAUACUGUUUUUUUAUAUCCUUUCUUUUGCAUAAUUGUCCUAGAUGGUUAAUUUUACAAGUCUUAUAUUUAGGAAGAAACUUGGAAUAAGAUGACUAGGAUGCUCUACAAUUGUCUAUUUUUAGGCUUUUCCCUAAAUUUAAGACUCUCUCAAAGUUUAUCAAGUAAUCGUGUCUUAAUAUGCCAUUAGACCGAAUUUGAAAAAAUAGAUUACUUGCACGCAGUGUGUUCAAAGACAUGCUUUUAGUUGUGUUCACCUAUAGCGCACUGGCAUAUCUUUUAAAACCUUGGCCAAUGUUAGCUGGGACACACCAUAUUUUUGUAAUAGAUUUUUUUUAAAGAUGCAUGACCAAUAAAUAAACACUAAAAUUACUUACAAGCAAUUUAAAUUCAAUGUCAUAUUUUUUUCUCUAAAUUGUUUAGUCCAGACCUUGCUUAUCAAUUGCCACUAAUUAUCUGUGGCAAAGAUCAUGUACCCAGUUACCAAGCCACAUUCUGCAUUGUCUGUAUUUUCAUUGCUCAAAGGUGCAGCUGUUGUCUUUGUUUAUAGUCACUGCGUAUUGUGUGUAUACUACACAUUCUUGAUUCCAUGCUGUACAGCUUCACAUACAGUCUACGUCUUUGUCAAGGUAGCCAGAAAGCUGGUUCUUCUUUCUUAUCUGGCACGUGCCAUUUUGCUUGUUUAACAAACAAGUCAUUCAGUUAACCAGAAGCCAAAGGAGAUAAACUGCAUUUAAUUGUAAAAGCAGAAAGGAGCUAUAGAAAUACUAGCUGCCUGAGAAAGAAAAAAAAAAUUUGCUGUGUAUGACAUUCGCAUUCUUAAAUUUACCUUUAAUUGCCUUUCACAGAUUUUACAAGACUUUUCUUGGUUUGUAAGAUCUGUGAACAAUCUUAUCCUAUGCUGCUUUGAACAAUGUUCCUGUAGUGGGUAACAACAGUGGAACACAGAGUAACAUAAUUUUCGUGUUGAAGUGUAACAAACUUGGCACAUUAUUUACAAACUGGUUGCAUCCAACAUUUCGCAGUGAGGUAUAAUAUCACAUCAAGUGAAAUCACUGACAUGUUCUGUUGACUAUCAAAAAAUGCAUCGAAACUUUAUAUAGUCUCUAUUUAGGUCUAGAAUGAUGUAAACUUGGUCAAGUUAGCUGCCCUACAUAAACGUAAUUUUUUGUAAACAUGGUUUUGUGAACAUGUCAAAAUAUGCUAGCAAAACAUUGUUCUGCAAAUAAGUGAAUAAAUAAAAGGAUGUGCACUUGCUUAGUUGAA